AUGUCUCGCCACAGCCCUAGCCUCGCUCGUCUUGAAAGACGGCGCUUCUCACGAGCUGUACUACCGGUUGUUGGUAUUAGUGGCUCAACAUCUGCAUCCAAUGGGUUCUCUCAAUUUCCUCUCAGGUCUCUGUACUCCAGCAAUCAGAUUGUUGUCAAGGCCUACGUCCUAGAUAGCCUCAUGUCGUCAUGGCCUUCGUUCUCCGCCUCUCAACCUCAGCAUUGGGAGCAUCUCCGAGGGUUACAACUAGCGAAUCCGCACUAUCUGACGUCAAGGCCCGUCGAUCUUCUCAUUGGCGCAGAUUUCUUUGGAUCGAUCGUGGAGCCGCAGAUCAUCAAGGGGCCAUCCGAUUCCCCUAUUGCGAUGCUGACUCUCUUCGGGUGGGUAGUGCUCGGACCUACCUCUGCAGUGACGUCGGCGGCGAGCUCGCAUCACGUCUCUGUCAGUAACGAGGAACUCAGCGAGCUUCUCACCUCGUUCUGGCAGCAGGAGGAGGUGUCUACAGCUGAAGGCAAGUACGUCAUUCUCACGAAGGAAGAGGCAGAGUGUGAGGAGUUUUUCCAGCGCACCCAUACUCGAGAUCGCUCGGGGCGCUAUAUUGUUCGUCUGCUUUUCGUUUGCUCUCCCCCAGAGCUCGGGGAUUCUGUAGGCCGCGCGAAGGCGUGUCUCGCAAGCCUGUUGCGGAUGCUGGACAAAAGGCAGGGAUCUCGACAGCUUUAUAGUGAUUUUCUCAAGGAGUAUGAAGAGUUGGGGCACAUGGUGUGUGCUCCUGCUGUACCUGUCUCAUGCGACUCUCGGAUCUUGAGGGUUGAGGGAGGGUCUCUGAGGGCGGGCGGUUAUAUCAGGAUUCCGGUCAGGGUUCGUCACGGAGGCAAUCUCGCUCUUCUGCUCCUACAUUCUACUUCCCUCAUCAUUGUGUUCUCCGGGAAACGCACUGGGGCCAAGCUACAGCGGAACAUCUCUGACGUACUGCUCUGGUCUCGACAGAGCAGGUACAUCUUUAUGACGGACAUCACGAAGAUGUUCCGUCAGAUCAAGGUGCAUCGGGAGGACUGGCCUCUUCAACAGAUGUUGUGGCGUGAUUCUUGGGGCCAGAUCUGCACCUAUUAG